AGUGGCAGAUAUAUUCGAACUCGAUCCUAAGUAUCGAGCACAGGCCCUUUGAGUGAGUUCGAUUACCGGGGAUGAUAACCGUUAUUAUGCACUUGUGUGCAUUCAGCAGCUGGCACGUCAAGAACUGGCCAACCAGUCAUCCCGGCGUUAUCAUGACUGGACACCGAAGUCCACUUUUGCUGAACAAAUUAAGAAGAUCAUCCGCCGCACUCUAAGAGAUUCUACAAUUGAAUCAUACACUGACACUGUGGACUCGAACAAAGCACCUAUCCAGGGGUCCUUCCACCGGAAGGCUCUGCAAGGUAUCAUUGAAAAGAGUGAUUCAUGGAAGAUAGAUUACUUACCUACCGACUUUGGUACGACGUUGGAUGAUCUAUCUGACCAUGAAAAGUUCAUUGAUGUUUUUAGAGCCAAGCUCAGACAUGCUCGAGACGAUUUUCAAUUGAUCAUUUUGAAAGACAUAUUUGUCCCAAAGAGCAAGAUAAAACUAAACGAGCCUCAGACCGAAGUGCAAAACUUGGGAUCCCUACUGGUUCAAAUGUAUCAUUUCUUCGAUCCAAAUGAAUCUCGUACGGAGACCGAGCUCAAAAGAGCAGUGGAUGCAAAGACCCAAGCUCGGUUUGCUUACCUUAGAAUGGAGAUUGCUAUUUAUCAUAAUACAAGUGACGAAAAACGUAAGGAAAAUGGCGGUUUGAGUUACUGGCGCUUGAUCGAUUCGAAGCUGGCUCAACUUUGCGACAAAAGUCGGGAUUAUCUCCGAGCAUUCAAUGCAAUCAUCCUUGCUCGAGAUCAAGGUCUUUUCGAUGGUAAGAACAAAUGGGAUGAAAUCAAGUCAAACGAAAAAUUCCAGAUUCCUACCAAAGAGGAUGUACACAUGGCCAUUCGUACUCUGCCUGCUGCUGGUUGAAUGGCUGAUGCGCAUCUCAUAGCGCACCUAUUUUCUUCCUCAUAUUUGUCAUUUUAUUGUAUAUAUUUUCUCUACUGUUCCUCUUGUGCUUCUUCAUUUUUAUCACUGUAUCGUUUUAUUAGUUGAAUUUCUUUAUUGCUUUUAUCAGGUGCUAUUAUUCGCAUCAUCUUAUUUUGAGUAUAAUUUCAUUUUUCGUAUCAUUUUAUCUAUGUCGCGUCGUUGGAUUUGCUUUCAUUAUAGCAAAUUUUUAUAAGAAAUUUAUUUGACCUAUUAUUGGCCAUC